CCAGCAGCAGCAGCACAGCGGAAUCGGCCUCUCCGACGACGCGUUGCUCCUCUUCCUCCUCCUCACCCUGACCUAGUCGAUCUCCCCGUCUCCUCCGCGCCGCCUGCGCCGAUCUCCAUCCCGCCGGCGGCCGCCGUCCUGCUGCUUCCGCCGCAUCCUCGCCGGGAAAUUUGGGGGGUUCAGCUUGAACCCUCCCAUGCCCGAAGUUAGAUCCGCCCCUGGUGCCCGCGCGCGGAGCGGGGAGGAGAGGUGAGCUGGUGAAGAGGGCGGAAGACGUCGGAGGCGUUGAUUGGUUGGGAGGAGUUGAGUAUGGUCGAGGGCCCCAAGUUCGCCGGCAUGAUGGGCGGGGGAGUCGUUGGCCGUGACGACAUUGGUGGGAAUUUCUGCGACAUGGCGUACUACAGGAAGCUCGGCGAGAGCUCAAACAUGUCGAUCGACAGCCUCAAUAGCCUGCAGACCAGCACGCAUGGCGGCGGCUCCGUUGCAAUGUCGGUGGACAAUAGCAGCGUCGGCUCUAGUGAUUCCCAUACGAGGAUGCUCAACCACCCGGGCCUUAGAGGGCAUGUUGCGGCCAAUUACUCGGUUGGGCACAGCAUUUUCCGUCCUGGGCGGGUGUCGCAUGCCUUGAGUGACGAUGCACUGGCGCAGGCACUGAUGGACCCGAGGUACCCGACCGAGACGCUCAAGGACUACGAGGAGUGGACUAUCGAUUUGGGUAAGCUCCACAUGGGGAUGCCCUUUGCGCAGGGAGCCUUUGGGAAGCUAUACAAGGGCACCUACAAUGGGGAGGAUGUUGCCAUUAAGCUUUUGGAGAGGCCAGAGGCAGAUCCAGAGAGAGCCGGGUUAAUGGAACAACAGUUUGUGCAGGAAGUUAUGAUGCUUGCAACUUUGAGGCAUUCAAACAUAGUUAAAUUUAUUGGAGCAUGCAGGAAGCCAAUGGUUUGGUGUAUUGUGACAGAGUAUGCAAAGGGUGGUUCAGUUAGGCAGUUUCUGAUGAAGCGGCAGAAUAGGUCAGUUCCACUAAAGCUUGCUGUGAAGCAAGCUUUGGAUGUUGCAAGGGGCAUGGCCUACGUCCAUGGUCUUGGGUUCAUUCACAGGGACCUUAAGUCAGAUAAUCUCUUGAUUUCUGGUGAUAAAUCAAUCAAGAUAGCAGACUUUGGAGUUGCCCGGAUUGAAGUAAAAACUGAGGGGAUGACACCUGAAACAGGAACCUACCGUUGGAUGGCCCCAGAAAUGAUUCAGCACAGGCCAUAUGACCAGAAAGUAGAUGUCUAUAGCUUUGGCAUUGUUUUAUGGGAGCUCAUAACUGGCAUGCUCCCUUUUGCUAACAUGACAGCAGUACAAGCUGCAUUUGCUGUGGUGAACAAGGGUGUCCGUCCAGCCAUACCUCAGGACUGCUUGCCUGCUCUCAGUGAAAUCAUGACAAGGUGCUGGGAUCCAAACCCUGACGUUCGUCCUCCAUUCACUGAAGUUGUCAGGAUGCUGGAGCAUGCUGAGGUGGUGAUCCUGAGCACAGUCCGCAAGGCCCGAUUUCGGUGUUGCAUCUCCCAACCGAUGACAACUGAUUAAAUCAGACAACAGAGAGUUGAGAAGAACUUGAUGGAAGGAAGUAUAAUCCAGUGUUCGCACGUUAGAUUCUGCGUCGUUGAAGUAGAAUUCCAACUUGAGUGUAUGCUAUGUAAGUCAGUUUUAUCUUCGAAAUAUUUCUCUUAGGGUGCUGUUUUCAGACUGCUGUGGUGUGUUAGGCUUUACCCUUUUGUGGAAACAUCAUGCAGAUUUCCUCUCGUUGUAACUGACGCAUGUUCCUGUGCUUUAUGCAUGUGUUAUAAUCCUCUUGCUGGGACAUGCACAAACUCUAUUGCGUUGAGAGUAUAUAGAAUGUAUAAUUUGGAAUGACACGGCAUGUCUUUGUUAAGGUGGCAGAGUUCUGAUAAUAGCAAGCUUUCAGUUAAUUCUUCUGGCCCUUUCCUUAGGUACAGCACUACAGCUCUUAGUUAUUGGGUGAGUUUUAGUGCCUGCCACUGAUGAAUUUACAAGUGUAAAAUGUUCAGCGAGACUACUAUAUU